AUGGUUCUCGCCGUCGACCUCCUCAACAGACCUGCUGAUGUUCAAGCCCGAACUCACAAGCUCAAGAAAGUUGUCCCAGAGCCAAACUCAUUUUUCAUGGAUGUUAAGUGCCCAGGUUGUUUCGCCAUCACCACUGUCUUCUCCCACGCCUCAACCGUCGUUCAAUGCCAAGGAUGUGCUACCGCCCUUUGUCAACCAACCGGUGGUAAGGCCAAGUUGACUGAAGGCUGCUCUUUCCGAAGAAAGAACUAA